AUGGUCCUGCUCUUCAAGGUUGAACUUCAUCUCCAUCUGGAUGGAGCUAUUAGACCAGAAACCAUCUUAUACUUUGGCAAGAAAAGGGGCAUUCCUCUUCCUGGCAGCACUGUCGAGGAGCUCUUGGAGCAUGUCAGCUACAAAACACCCCUGACGCUUACCAAGUUCUUGGAGAAAUUCAACCUGUACAUGCCGGCCAUUGCGGGGGACCGUGAGGCCAUCAGAAGGAUUGCCUACGAGCUGGUGGAAACCAAGGCAAAGGAAGGCAUUGCCUACGUGGAAGUGAGGUACAGCCCCCACCUCCUGGCCAACUACAAGGUGGAGCCGAUUCCCUGGGGCCAGAAGGAGGGAGACCUGACUCCGGAUGAAGUUGUUAGCCUUGUUAAUCAGGGACUGCAGGAUGGAGAAAGGGAUUUCCGCAUCAAAGUCAGGUCUAUUCUAUGCUGCAUGCGCCAUAUGCCAAGCUGGUCUCCAGAGGUGGUGGAGCUCUGUAAGAAGUAUCAAAACAACUCUGUGGUAGCCAUAGACCUGGCAGGGGAUGAGUGCCUGAAGGUGGACUCUUCUGAGCAUAGGAAGGCUUAUGAGGAAGCUGAAAGAUGCGGCAUUCACAGAACUGUCCAUGCUGGGGAGGCUGGACCACCUGCUAUGAUCAAGGAGGCAGUCGACCUCCUGAAGGCUGAGCGCAUUGGCCAUGGCUACCAUGUCCUGGAAGACCCUGAACUUUAUAAGGAGCUGUUGAGAAGAAAGAUGCAUUUUGAGGUCUGCCCUUGGUCCAGUUAUCUUACUGGAGCUUGUCUUCCGGACUUUAGGAAACACCCAGUAACACAAUUUAGGAAGGAUCAAGCUAACUAUUCCAUAAACACUGAUGAUCCCCUCAUCUUUAACUCCACUAUUGACAAGGAUUAUGGCAUAGUAAAGGAGUACAUGGGCUUUACUGAAGAGGAGUUCAGGAGAGUGAACAUCAAUGCAGCCCGGUCCAGCUUCUUACCUGAGCAAGAAAAGCAGGAGCUUCUCAAUACCCUCUAUGAAGCCUAUGGGAUGGUGCCCAGUGCAUCUUGAUGCAGCUCUACCAGGCAGCACAGAGCAAAGACCCUUCUUGGUUGACUCCUCUCUGCCCUGGUGGGAGCACCAGGGGAAGGUGCCCAGAGU